AUGUCCCAUCACUCCUUCAUGGAUAGAUUCUUGACAUCCCACUCAGCCCUGCUGUCUGACGUCACCGCCUCCUCCUCCACUCUUCCCGCCACCGCCGCCUCAGCUUUGGAAGCACGGCAAACCUGUAAGUGUCACACACCGACACAUUUGCACGGAAUUAUUUCAUCUCGUUUGAAGGUCGACGGGAGCGCGUCAGCGCCGGCGGUGUUUCGAGGAGAGGAGCAGGAAAAUGAACAUCCGGGUUGCCCAGCUGGGCCUCCGGGCCCAGCGGGACCUCGUGGCCCAGAGGGCGACAGUGGACUACCUGGCAUAAGAGGACCAAAAGGGGAAAAGGGAGAACUUGGACGUCCAGGGUCAAAGGGCCGUACUGGAGCGCCAGGUCUUCCAGGGAAACAAGGACUUCCAGGAUGGCCUGGUCCGCAGGGACCCACGGGUGAGAAGGGAGACCCAGGUCUCAUGGGACUACCAGGAUUGAGGGGACCCCCAGGAAUGAAGGGAAUGCCUGGUUUUAGGGGAGAGAAGGGGGAAAUUGGAAGCCCAGGAAUACCGGGAUCAAAAGGCGAUAAGGGCACAACUGGUUUGCCAGGGAUGCUAGGUCAGAAGGGUGAACAAGGACCAAAGGGAGAGCCAGGGGUCCCAGGCAAAAGAGGACCCACAGGGCGACCUGGGAAGAGAGGCAAACAGGGAGAAAAUGGACAAACAGGAGCUUCAGGACUUAUGGGCAAACCUGGACCCCCAGGUCCAAAUGGUCCCCCUGGUCCACCUGGUCCACCAGCCCCUGGUCUUUAUCUAGCAGGGGAAAAAGGUGAGAAGGGUCUUCCAGGUCCACCUGGUCGCUGUGAGUGUGACACGUUUCUUGUCGCCAACAACGCUCCUUCUGGAAGCUACAAACCCGAGGAGACCCCCAAUCAAGUCCCUGCCAUAUUUGUGGUGAGCAACGAAGAGGAACUGGGCCGUUUACAUCUAGAUCAGGCGAUAGCAUUCCGGAAGGAUCAGAAGGCUCUCUACUUUCGAGAUAAAGAUGGAUGGAAACCCAUACAGGUGAGCCAUAUUUGCAAUCUGAAUCUACGCUAAAUAUUCACUAUUACGUUUCUUUUCCAGCCUUUCCAGCAAUUCCAGUCCACUGAGAAGGUGCCAGAUCGAGUCGGUGUGUGCGGGGAUGGGAAAGUGCAACCCCAGGAUGGAGAGGAAUGUGAUGAUGGGAAUCAAAUUGUCACUGAUUCUUGUCUGAACUGCAAAUGGGCUUAUUGUGGGGAUGGUUAUCGACAUGAAGGCAUGGAGGAGUGUGAUGGAAAAGACUUUGGCUAUCAGACGUGCAAAUCCUACCUUCCUGGAUCCUUCGGCCAGCUCAGAUGCACCGAGUCCUGCGUCAUUGACUCCACCGUCUGCAAGUAUUUUACCUGAACAGAAACACAAGGUGCUAACUUUGCAACUCCUCAUUCAAGGGGGAUUCCACUUCAUUUGAAGUCAUGACCCCUGGAUAUUACUUGAUGGACUGAGAGAGCACCAAGAGGACUCCCCUCUGCUCUGUGUGCCAUGAGAUGAAGAACAGAUGGAUGUCAGCUUUCGGAUGGGCUGUCGAUUAUUUUGUCGGCCUCAGGGACCUAAGCGGUGCAUCUUUUAUAACGAAAGAAAACACCUUUUGAAAAGGUCUAUAGUAUUGCUACCACAAUAUGAAGAAUGCUUUAAACAUGUGCAAUAUAUUAGAAAUCAUAUAUUUAUAUACGGUGACAUGCUGUGUUAUUGCAUGGAAAUGUGUUUAACCAGUAAAUAUUGUAGCAAAGUGUUUACAUUCUAAAAGAAAUGUCUUAAUAUAUGAGAGCGUAAAAAAAGCAAUACAGUAGCAUGACCCAUACAUAUUAACUAUACUGUUCAUUUUACAUAUUAACCAGGUCAAUUUUCAAUCAAAAUGCAAACAUCAUAUCUUUUUAAAAUGUUCAACAAUUAAUAGCCUGUCUGACAUUAAUAAAUGGAUGAUUAAUCCCUAA